AUGUCAACUACUGCGACUGCAACAUAUCGUUCGAAUUAUACAGUCUUUACAGCUGACACUACUCGUAGUCCGAAAGCAGCAAAUACAGUUAUUCGACGGAUUAACACUCAGUUUCUCAAUCAACAAAAUCAAGACAUACAAGAAAAGGAAGUAAUGCCAAAUUAUGGUGGUAGCUCUGAAAAAUGCGCUCGAUGCUCUAAAACUGUUUACGUAGCAGAAAAAAAAGUUGGAGCUGGUCGUUCAUUUCAUACUCGUUGCUUUAGUUGUCAGACUUGUAAUCGAAAAUUAGAAUCAACAACAUUAUGUGAACAUAAAGGCGAAAUUUACUGUAGACCAUGUUAUACAAAACAAUUUGGCGUACAUGGUAUAGCUAAUGGUGUAUCAAUGUCAACAGAUACUACAGCACGUGACGCUCAUCCAGCACGUCGUUCAUCGUAUGGCAGCGAGCUUGAAGUACCAGUUAAAACACCUGAACCAAUACGACAACGUGCACAUUCAAAUGAUAAUAUACUUCGUGGUGAAUAUGGUGCUCUAUGUACUGAUGAAUUACCAAAAAUCUUUCCAUGGCGUAAUGAUAUUUUACCUGAUCAACAUUCAUCGACAAUAAAUAAAAUAGCAACAGAAUUAAAUCCGAUUGUUGAUAAAAACUAUCAACGACCAGCGAGUCCAAUUGGUUUUCAAAAUGUUAUCGAAACAACUGGUAGUGAUACUAAUUAUCGUCAAUCAACUUUAAGUAGAGAUGAUGAUAGACACAAACAUAAAUUUGAUGAUGAAAAAACAAAUUAUACUAAUAGAAUAUCAGCUUUUGUUGAUGUACCUGUGAUUCCAUCGCCCAAACGAUCAACUUCAACAAUUGAACGCAUUGAAAUACCACUAUUGCCAGCAAAUUCUGAUACAUAUAUUAGAGAUCCAUCACCACUAUCAACAGAUGUUUAUCGACGACAAAGUAGUCGCGAACAUCAAGUUGAUCUAUCAGAUAAUUUUUCACGUUUAACAUUAAACGAUCAGCAACAGAAGAAUGAUAAUGAACCGUAUUCAGAUAAGUGUAGCACAACAGGUCGAUUUAUACCAGAAAAUACAGUUCUAAAACCAACUUAUUCUCGUUCAUCAUCUAAUGAAGAUAAACAACCAAUACCCACUACAAAUAAUUUCUACAGCGAACAACGUUAUUCUCGUGAUUCAUCGUCAUCAGUAACUGUUAACAGUAACCGAUCACCUUCACCUACGAGUGGCUAUGCGUCAUCAAGUGUGCAUGGAGAAAGUAGAUUACGUGAUUCAACAUCACCUUCAGCAGUGAAUGUGUCACAACAUGACUAUUUGAAUACGCGACCAUCAAAUGCGAGUGUUAAUAGUCGAUAUCCAACAUCUCCUCAGCAAAGCGAACGAACACCAUCAGCUUUGCAUGAGUUUGUUGGAAGAACAAAUAUUCCUAUAAUACCUCCUGGUGAAAGGUAUUCCACGAUCGGUGCUUUGGUUCACACUUUUCGGCCAUUAAAAGAUGAAUUUGAGAAUUAA